UUGGAUGUCUAUAUAGGGUGUGCUGUUUGCAAGCUGCGUGACUACAGUUGCUCAUAAAGUGAUUUUUCUUUGAAACAUUCAUGUCACUGAAUCUCCUCUUCAUUUACUAGCCAGCUGUUACUGUGGAUCCCUCAGGACGGGAGUGAUGCUUCGCUGGGUUCUGCUUGCGUUGUUCAUCAGCAUCUGUGCUGGUGCUGGAGAACAGAAAAAGAAGAAAGUGAAGUAUCAGCCUUUAUCAAGAGGCUGGGGGAGUAGUAUUAAAUGGGUCCAAAGUUAUGAUGAGGGCCUGUCAGAAAUGGUCAAAAGUCAGAAGCCUCUGAUGGUCAUUCAUCAUCAAGACAAGUGCCAGUACAGUCAAGCUCUGAAGAAGGCAUUUAUUGCUGAUAAAUCCAUCCAGAAAAUGGCCAAAGAGGACUUCAUCAUGCUCAACUUGGUGGAGGAGACUCAGGACAAGAAUCUGGCACCUGAUGGCUACUAUGUUCCCAGAAUCGUCUUUGUUGAUCCUUCUAAGACUGUGCGAGCAGACAUUAUAGGAAAGUACAGAAAUCGCCGCUACGCCUAUCAGCCUGAUGACUUGGAUCAUUUGGCUGAAAACAUGAAGAAAGCCAAGCUCUUGUUGCAUGAUGAACUCUGACACGACUCUGCAUCUCAAAGACAUGCCUGUCCUCAGUGGUUGAUGGUUCAGCUGCUUUUUAAGCGCCAUUAAUCCCAAAUAAAUAAAACAGUGUUGUUUUAUUUUCACAGUU